AUAUUUAUUACAAAAGUUUGAUAUUAAGGCCACACCAUAAUUCAAAAAAAAGUUAUGUGUUAUAUAUUAACAUAUAUGAUAUAAAUUUUUUUUCAACAACAAAAACAUCAUUUAAUUGUAAUAUCAUAUAUACACAGUGCGAUCCACUAUUGCUAUUACUGUAUUGUAUAAUAUUAUGACUAUCUAAUUAUAUAAUUAUGUUUUUUUUAAAUACAGUAUAAUACCAGCAAAUUUAACUGUAUUUAACUAUAUUAUGUAAAACUAUUAUCAUAUAUAUAUGAUUACAGUUUAUGGUAAUAGCCGAUGAUAAAGACCCUCACAAAAAAAUGCCACAAAUGUCAACAACAAUUACUUAUGAUGUCUACUACAAUAUAAUAGUCUACAUAACGAUAAUAUUCAUAUGCUAUAUGAUUCGUGUCUAUAUAUCAUAUUUAUUGGCCAAUAAUAAUAAUAAAGUUGUCAAACAAGUCAACAAUAACUGUACCACCGAUGAUGAUGAUGAUGAUGAUGGUGGUGUAGUUGUAGAUAAUAAUGAUGAUAAUAAUAAUAAUAAUACUGUCCUAUUUGUUCCCAACAUUGAUAGUGUCCACGCAAAUAGUGAUGGUGACAAUGACAACUGCAGAUUGUUGGCCAAAGAUCUGGUCAUCGGUAAACUAUUGUCGACAUUAAAAUCGGCCAAACAAUCGGUAGACAUAUGUGUCUAUUCGAUAUCGUUGUCGAAAUUGAUAGCCGAAUGUAUACGACUACACCGUACGGGUGUCCGUAUAAGAGUUAUUACCAAUGAUUUUAGCUUAAGACACAACGACCAGUCGUUUGGCUAUCAGUUGACCAAUACGUACGAAAUCGAGAAGAAGUCGUCGAAAGUUUUUACCAGAAAUGGUAUUCAAGUUAAACAGUUAAGAGCCAUACGGUCUGGUUAUAUGCACAACAAGUUUGCCAUCGUUGACAACAAUAUACUAAUCAAUGGUUCAUUCAAUUGGACAGCCAAUGGAUUGAACAAUAAUUAUGAAGAUAUGAUUAUAACUAAUGAACCAAAUUUGGUGACAAUCUAUUCAAAACAGUUUAAUCAAUAUUGGGAUUCAAUGUAA